AUGCCCUCUGAAAGUGGAAGCGCGUGGUCGCCGCCCGCCUCGACCGAGCGGCGGCUCAGCAACUCCUCAGACGGUAGUGCAGGGAGUGGAUACUCUAAGGCGACAUCAGACAGUGCAGAUUUUCUAGCAACCCGGCCGCACACAGCAGCAGUUAUCCCAGGAAAACCGGCAGCCAACCCUCUGCAGUUCGUGAAAGUAGGGCCAGCUGACCUGGGCACCAGGGCCAGGGAACAGCUGCGACGUGCAGAACUAGCCAAGAGAACAGAACCGGCACGGAUAGAAAGACAGGAGGAUUGGCAGUCGAACUUAGACAAUUGGAAGUCAUCACGGCGGAAGCGAGUGGAGCAUAUAAUCGAACGGUGUGUGGAGGUGAAGCGGCUAGAACACGAGACAAACCAGCCUCGGGGCAAGUCUAAAACCUUCAACGAGAUGCUGGAGGAACGCGCUGGAAGAAGAAGGCGAAAUCAUCUCGCGCUAUACACAGACGAUGAUGCUCACGACCUCAGUGACCUUGGUAUUGGGACAUCGAGUACCAAGAGCAGUCUAAGCGAGGACUGUGACACGCACAGCUUAGCGAGCGACGGAAUGGAUCUCGAUAAGAACCAUUCAGACAUGGACAAUAUGUCAACUUAUGAAAGCAACCGAAAAAUAGGAUCUAGUGCUAACGAAUACGAUACAUGCACGACUACGACCAUAAGCUCCCCCGAGCCUGAAGAAUACACGUACGAAAGUGCGAUUGAAGGAUACAAAUCCAGAAUCAUUUCGACGACUAACAGCAGCAUGGUCAAAACAGUUGUCAAUAAUAACAGCAAGGAUAGGUCCCCGGAUAAAUCUAACGGCGAUGUACAUAAGAUAAGGACAUCCGUUAGUAAUAAAAUAGAAGAAAAACUUUUUUCUUUUCAACGAGAGAGAUCGAACGACCUAAGAAACAAUAACCCAAAGAAAGAUUUGCCUAAAGUAGACAUACACAAACGGAGAGAACAAUUUGAAAGGGAAAAUUCACAAGAAUCCCAAGUAAACAAAUCUAAACUACAUGAUAUUGCGAAUAAAAAAAGUAUCAAAGAAAGACUGUCUAGCUUAGAAAAGUUUACAGAAGAAAAUCAAGUUCAAAAGUCUACUAGUGACCUGACAAAGUUACCAACCGAAGUAAAACCAUUGAAAGAUCGUUUAUCUUGUUUAGAAAAAGUGAAAUCUACAGAGCCAGAAAAGGUCAAAAGAAUCUCUAACGGAGAUUUAAGCAACACUAAAUCAUUGAGAGAACGAUUGUCGAGUCUCAAGUCUCAGACGUCGGAAGAAGAAGUAAAAGUAACGAAAACUGAAGUUAAAGAAGUUUCAAUGAGUCUUAAAGAGAGGCUGUCGUGUUUGGACGCUGCUAAAAACAAAGAGAUUCCUAGGAUAUCUGUUGAAGAACAAAUUUCUUCAACAACAAUUCAAACCUGUGGAGUAACUUCAAAUGAAUUAAAAGACGAAGUGUCAAAUAAUAAUUCAGUUAAAGAGAACUUGUCAGGAAUAGAGAAUCAGAUGCACAGUUUCUGUCGAUCUCUCGACAGUUUAGACAUAAAUGACCAAGCUUCACCUAACUCAUUCGAAAGAGUUCAAAGUCUCGAAGACUUUGACUGUCCUGAAAUGCAAAAUAAUACAAUUCCAAGUGAUAUAGAAACAGAAGAUAGUGGAAUUCAUACUGCUAGAGAUUCUUGUGCACCUGCAGAUGACAUCGCUGAUCUUACUCAAGUAGCUUCUCCUAUCGGAGAACCUAUGAUUGAGGUUUCCGAAUAUGAAUCAUUAAACGAAGAUGGUUUAAUGCUAACACCUGCAGUAAAGAACUCCAAUGAUACUACCGAUCAAUUUGAGGGCAAUAAGGAUGUUCUUAUAGAGGAGCUCGCUGAUGACAACAAAACGGAAGAUACAGAUAGCGCUAGCAAUUACACACAAGCGUUGUCACACCCUGAAGAUUUAAGUGUCUCCGAAGACGUAACAGAGAUACAAGUCGAUAAAGAAGACGAAGACACAUUAAAAAGCUUGGAAAAUCAAGAUUCCAGUGUAAGUCUCAAUGAACCGGUGUCCACAGCGUCAGAUGGAGAUGCUGUGGUGUUUGAAGGGAAAAUGACUAUCCACUUAAACUUGAAUGAAAUAUGCAACAACUUAAACUCUGGUGCUGGGAACAAUGCUAGCGAGUCUGGCGCUGACAACACUAACAGCAGUGAAUCUACUAACAAAAGCAUGCCUAUGGUAAUUGACGCUCUAGAGUUAGCGUUCAAAGAACUCGAUUCUGAAGAAAACAUUGAUGUAACGAUGAGUGACAGUGAUAAAUUAGAAGAUAUUAAAUCAGAAACAGCACAGAAUAUGUCUGAAUUUGAUUUCGAUACGACCAAAAGAGUGUCUGUGACGCCGUUGUAUGAAAACAUUGAUAUAUUUGCUCAGAACCAUGUGGUUGACGCCGGCGCAUUUCCAUUGGACUUGCCAACAAAUGUGUUAGAACCACCAAAAGAGAAGCCGCCUCCACCGCCAGCUGAAGAAAGUCCAGAAGAUGAAUUGUUGGGAAAUGGCAACUUCAAGCACACAAACUCGGCACGUCGCAUCAAGAAAGAAAUCAGAAAUAAACGCACCAGUUUCUUGGGCAUCGAAGGUCAGGACGACAGCUACCUUGACGUGGACCUCACCCUGGCUCCGAGACCAGACAUCACGUCAUUUCUUCAAGAGGAGACUAAGAUUGAGAAGUUGCUGUACAAGAAGACCUUGUCACAUGAUAUGGACGCAAAGUUGAGGGAUAGUAGGGAUUCUGGUGUGGAUAUUGAUAGAGGACCCUCUGCUGAAGCCUGGUAUAAGGGAUCGUCGCCGGAGACGUCCGCACCACAUAGCAGACAAAACAGUGAGCCCUACACCCAGAUUACAGUUACGUCAGAUGAAGAAGAGUCUGCUAAAAAGACCGAACAAACAUUUGCUAAGGACCUCACAGAAAAACUGACCGAUUUGCCAAGUGACGAGAAAAUCGAUCAUUUGGACAAGAAACUACAGCAGCAGCAGGCCGCUCGCAUUAACGAAGAUUGGCACGACGGGCAUUUUGACGAUGCUCACACCAAGGAAGUACUGCGUUUUGAAAGAGAACUCUUGCAACUGGAACAAGAGGAGUUGAGAAGACAGAAGGAGAAUCUUUUGCGCGAUCAACAUAGGAUCAUACAGAAGUCGAUACAAGACAUAUCUGUUGCUAGUACACCUGAGAAACAUAGGUCUAAAGGAGUGCAGAGUUACAGGCACUCGAUGCCAAACCUUUUACUGGCAGAACAUAGUCCAAUUCACCACAAGCCGCCGCCACCAUUGCUAGAAAAUUCAGUUAUAGAUGAGAGUUUAAAGCGUAAACCAUUCGUUUCUGAAGAGCACAUUGAGAGUCACUUUGGCGUAGAAGAAAGCAGAAAGGUGUUGUUUGAUGAUAAACCGAAGUAUGAAAGAAGACAAUUGCCUGUGCGCCCAGCCCAACCUGUGCUGCCGCCCAAACCAAAAAGCAGAGAGUCCAUAGAAAGAGAAAUCACAAUGAGGAGUAGCAGGACUCCCUCAGCAGUGGAAUAUGUCAAUAUUGAAAGAAACGGAGUACAGCUUCGUCAAAAACCUGUUAAUGCAAAUGGACAGUAUCACCCCAUGACAAGGCAUACUUUACAGGCAUUAAGCGCGGCACCAACACCGAAAUUGAUCUCAAACACAGAGUGGAUGCAAAACAGGAACCCACCAAGACAGAAACCGCCAAACUACAAUUACAAUCAGCAUUGGCUUGUGCAAGAGGCAGAACAUCGUCGCAUAGAAGAACAGAGGAACAAGAUGCGUAAUCGUCACUCGUACCACGAACCCGCUACCACGCACUCACCGCAUCAUUCACCCGCGCAUAAGAUCCAAAAUCUAACAAACAGCCAACCUAUUCAAGAACGCCGCCCCGUCCGGGAUAUAGGCCGCGACCGAAUAGAAACUGGCCGAGAAGACAAACUACUUAGUGUCAGCGGGCGAAGGAAGUGUUCUCACUGUGGAGAGGAAUUAGGUCGUGGCGCAGCAAUGAUCAUUGAGUCCCUAUCCCUUUGCUACCAUGUGUGGUGUUUCAACUGCGCCGUAUGUGGUGGCGCUCUAGGCGACGGGCGCGCCGGGGCUGACGUGCGCGUACGCAAUAACCGUCUCCACUGUCAUCACUGCUAUAGUACUGAUGAUGGAGAUAAAUACUCGAGAGUUUAG